UCCGGCACGCCGUCCCGAGGAGGUGACCCGGCCAUGCUGAUCAGCCGCCGGCUGCGGCGCCUGCUGCGGUUGGUGCCCGGCCGGGAGCGGUUCGGCGCGUACCGCCUGCUGCCCUUCUUCUUCGUCCUCGGCGGGGCCAUGGAAUGGUUCAUGAUCAACGUCCGCAUCGGCAAGGAGACGUUCUAUGACGUUUACCGAAGGAAGCGAUCUGAAAGACAGUACAAGGCGAGGAUGGAAAAGAGCGAAUCUUAGCUGAAGGCUCCAAGGGACGCAUCUCAGUGUCUGCACUUUGUGCGAUAGAAGCACUGCUGCGAUGUGCUGGGCGGGAGGGGUCUGUGCGCGAGGAGCUGCCGGCUGGCACUCGGUGGUGUUUGUUAGCAGGUUGUGCUGCACUCUUUUGUAUUUAACCGAAUUCAUCGGGUUUCAGCCUUUGCCAUCGAUUGAAUGUUGGUUGGAACUUCUAAAUAAACUGCAAUGAGUGCACA